AUGCCUGAUAAGGCGGUGGUGGACCUCUUUCCAAGUUUAAACGUGGAUAGUAUGGCGGCAGGGUGUCUCCGUGAUGGGAUGUCUCCACGGGUACUAAAGGUGUAUACGUCGACAACGAUGUACACGUCGGUGAUCCUAUCUCAACAACAACAACACCCGACUCACAACAUCUGUCCAUCUUCCAGCCUGCCUCCCAACUACCCUCUAACCCUGCCAAUCCUACUAACCCAACCUCUCAGCCUAUCUCUAACCCUACCAAUCCUGCUAACCUUCGCCUCUCAGCCUACCUCUAACCCUUCCUCUAACCCUACCUCUCAGCCUAUCUCUAACCCUAUCAAUCCUGCUAACCCCACCUCUCAGCCUACCUCUAACCCUUCCUCUAACCCUACCUCUCAGCCUAUCUCUAACCCUAUCAAUCCUGCUAACCCCACCUCUCAGCCUACCUCUAAACCUUCCUCAAACCCUACCUCUCAGCCCUCCUCUAACCCUACCUCUCAGCCUAUCUCCAACCCUUACACUAACCCUACCUUCCAGUCUAACUCUAACCCUACCACUAGCCUCACCACUAACUCUACCACUGACCUUGUACCAUCCUCCAAUCUACAUUUGGCACUGAUUUUACCUUUGAUUUUGUUUGUAAUAGUGAUACUUGGCCUAUCAGCCUGCUACAUCUGUAGAUGGAGGAUGCAACGAGAGCAUGAUCAUGGCAUGGCAUUGCAGGAAAUAUCAACCAUCCAGGUGCCACCAAUGGCUGAACCCACUCCAUCAGGGACUAGUCCUGUAGAGCCUGCGGUGGUGGACCUCUUUCCAAGUUUAAACGUGGAUAGUAUGGCGGCAGGGUGUCUCCGUGAUGGGAUGUCUCCACGGGUACUAAAGGUGUAUACGUCGACAACGAUGUACACGUCGGUGAUCCUAUCUCAACAACAACAACACCCGACUCACAACAUCUGUCCAUCUUCCAGCCUGCCUCCCAACUACCCUCUAACCCUGCCAAUCCUACUAACCCAACCUCUCAGCCUAUCUCUAACCCUACCAAUCCUGCUAACCUUCGCCUCUCAGCCUACCUCUAACCCUUCCUCUAACCCUACCUCUCAGCCUAUCUCUAACCCUACCAAUCCUGCUAACCCCACCUCUCAGCCUACCUCUAACCCUUCCUCUAACCCUACCUCUCAGCCUAUCUCUAACCCUACCAAUCCUGCUAACCCCACCUCUCAGCCUACCUCUAAACCUUCCUCAAACCCUACCUCUCAGCCCUCCUCUAACCCUACCUCUCAGCCUAUCUCCAACCCUUACACUAACCCUACCUUCCAGUCUAACUCUAACCCUACCACUAGCCUCACCACUAACUCUACCACUGACCUUGUACCAUCCUCCAAUCUACAUUUGGCACUGAUUUUACCUUUGAUUUUGUUUGUAAUAGUGAUACUUGGCCUAUCAGCCUGCUACAUCUGUAGAUGGAGGAUGCAACGAGAGCAUGAUCAUGGCAUGGCAUUGCAGGAAAUAUCAACCAUCCAGGUGCCACCAAUGGCUGAACCCACUCCAUCAGGGACUAGUCCUGUAGAGCCUGUAGGUGGACUAUUAAGGACCGACCCUAUAGGGGAAUUGUUGAGAGGGUCGGAAGACAGCCUCUUUGACUUCAGCCCCUACAGGAGGCACACACAAAAGAAGAAACUAUCUUAG